AUGGAAGACAGACAUAUAAACUUCGAAGUAUUUAAAAGUUCAUAUUUAGAAAAAAACUUGAAAAUACAGGAUUUGGAUGAAUGUAUUAAAAAGAAAAGAAAUGAUAAGAAUAAAGAAAUUAUGGAAAUAAUAUGUCAAGGGACUUCGCUUAAAACGUUGUAUAAAAAUAAUGAUGAUAAAAAUAAUCAUAAUAUUAUUAAUGAUGAUAAUAAUAAUUCUGAUAUUAUUAAUGAUGAUAAUAAUAAUUCUAAUAUUAUUAAUGAUGAUAAAAAAGAAAAUGUGUCUAUUAAAAAAGAUAUUAACCACAUGAAUAUCAAUACAUCUGAUGUUCCUUUGAAGAACGAAAAAAAUAAAAACAUUUUCUUUAAAAAGUAUAAUUAUCUUCACAUUCAUCAUACAGACACGAAGAAGAAAAUAAAUGAAUUCCUAAAAAAAUAUAAAGAUACAUAUAAUAUAUUCAAAGAAAAGAAACUACCAUUAUGUAAUAAUAUAGAUGAAUUAUUUAAUAAUAAUUAUAAUAAUGAUAAAGAACAAAAUUCUCAUAAUCAAUUAUCUUCUGUUAACGAAUAUAAUAAUAAUAAUAAUGAUGUAAAAUCUAUCAUAUUAUUAAAUGAACAAAAUAAAAAGUAUCAUGUCGAUAAUAUUAAUAAUUUUAUACCAAAGAAUAUUAUAAAAAAUAAUUCCUUAGGUAUUCAAAAAAUUCUUAAUAAUAUUAAAAGUACCUUCAAUGAUUUUAUCGAUGUAUAUAUGGAGAAACCAAAUACAGAUAUCGAUUUUUUGUAUAACAAAAUAUAUGAGGAGAAAAAAAAAAAAGAAAAGAAUUAUAAUAAUAAUAAUAAUGAUGAUGAUGAAAUAUCAAAACAUAUAUACGAAUGUAAUAUAUUAAAAGAUGUUAAUCAAAAAGGAAGAGAUUUUAAAGAGAUAAACAGAAUAAAGAAGAUAAAGGAUCAAUUUGGUUGUUCAAAAAAUGAACCGUAUGAAUAUGUAAAUAUGAUGUCUGAAUAUAUAAACAAUAAUAAUAAUAACAAUAAUAAUAAUAAUAAUAAUGAUAAUAAUAAUAAUAAUAAUAAUAAUAAUAAUAAUAAUAAUAAUAAUAAUAAUAAUAAUAAUGAUAAUAAUAAUAAUAAUAGGUGUUUUAUAAAAGAAGGAUAUCAUACAAAUAAAAAACACACAGACAGUAUAAAAGAAAAGACAAAAGAAGAAAGUGAUGAACUUCUUUUAAAUUGUGAAUUAGAAGAAAAUUCAAAUGAUGAAAUUAUUAAUACACAAACGAAUGAUAAGAAUGUGGUUGAUGUAUCUGUAUUAACACAUAAAUAUAAAUAUCGAUCGAACAUUAUAUUUACUAUAAAUAAAAUAAAAAACAUAGAAACUAUUAUAGAAAUAAAUAUUAAUAUUACAGAUAUACAAUUAAAAAUACCUGGAAUGAGGAUAGAAAAUAUUAUCUUACCAUACAAAUAUAACAAUGAUAUAUUAAGAAUAGAAAUAAAAACAUUAAAAAAUAAAUUAAUAAAUAAUAAUAAAUUAAACAAACAUAAAUAUAAUAACAAAAAUGAAUAUAAUUUUAAUUCCUCUAGUUCAGAUCAUUUAUCUCGAACAAAAAAAAAUUCAAAAUCAAAAAUUAUAUGUUAUUAUGCUUUCAUACCUUUAUGUAAUAUAAAAGAACAAAUUAUUAAUAAAAAAUUAAUUUUGAUUAAAUCGAAAAAUAAAGAAAUAUAUGAGAAAGAAAAAUUAUUACCAGAAACAUUAUAUCUAAUACAAUCAAGAGAUAUUACUUCUUCACAAGAAAAAUAUUUUUAUAUUUCUAUAAAAAAGUGUAUACAUGGUAUUCAUUAUUAUCCAAAUAAUAGAAAUUAUGAAAAAGAUAAUAUACAACAUAAUUAUUUUACACCUAUCUACGUAAGUUUAUAUAAUGAUAAUGUUGAUAAUUAUAUUGCUCAUAUAAUAAAUGAAAAUAAUUAUGUCGAAAAAAUAAAAAUACAAAAGAUAAAAGAAAAUAAUAAUCAUCAUAAUAAUCAUCAUAAUAAUCAUCAUAAUAAUCAUCGUAAUAAUCAUCAUAAUAAUAACAUAUCACAAGGAUCAUAUAUUAUAAACAAUAUGUAUUUUAAAUUUUUUUUUAAUCAUAAUAAAGAAUUAGUAUGUAAUAAUCAAAAUGAUACAAAAACAAAUAAUACAAAUGAACACAAAGCCGUUGAUAUAUUCAAUUUUUUAUGUAAUAAUUAUAUAUCAAUAAAAUGUCCAUUGGAUUUAAUUCCUCUAUAUAUCUUACCUUCAUAUCAAGAUCUUCAGUGUCUAGAUUUUAUAGGAAAUAAUAAAUUAUUAAAAUUGAAGUUUAUAUUACAUCUACUAUCUAUUAUGGAAAAUAUAUGUAUUCAUAUAUGUUCACUGAUCAAUAUUAAAAUAAACACACCUCCUAUUUUUAAUCAACAUCUUAGGCCUGUUGAAAUAAAGGAUCAACAAAAUAGAAAGAACUAUUUUACUUUUCUAUACACCUCCUACAGGCCUAAUGAGCAAGGUCUCGAUAUAAGUGCAGAACAUAUAAACCAAAAUAAUAAUAAUAAUAAUAAUAAAAAUUAUGAUAAUAAUAAAAAUUAUGAUGAUAAUAAUAAAAAUUAUGAUAAUAAUAAUAAAAAUGAUGAUGAUAAUAAUAAUAAUAAUAAUGAUAAUAAUAAUAAUAAUAAUCAUAAUUAUAUUUACAAUUGUAAUAAUAAUAUUAUUUGUGGAGAUGAAGAUAAAAAAAAUUAUUUUGUAAAUUAUAUAAAGCCAUUCAUCUUUCGAUUCCAAAAUGUAGAUAAAAAUGAUAUAACAAACAAUUUGAGAAAUAUAAAUAAAUAUAUGUAUAAUAAAAUUAAUAAUAAUGAUGAUCCUUAUGAUUAUACUAAUUUUUAUGGUGAGGAUUCAAUUUCUAUACAUCAAGAUCAACAAAAGAAUCAUGUAACAAAUGACAAAUCUCAUAUGGAAAAAAUAAACGAUAAUGAUCUUUUCAUUUAUGAAUAUGCUAAAAAACAAUCUCUUUUUAUAUAUAAUAUUAUCAAAGAUUAUGAUGAUAUAAUAGACAUACACAAAUUUUAUGAUCAAGAAAAAAAUAUUUUAUAUACUACAAAUUAUAAUAAACACUCUUUCCAAAAUUUCUAUAUGCACAUUAUAGAUGAAUAUAAUAAAAUUAUUAAUCAAACUUGUAUAUCCAAACAAGAAAUAUAUAUAAAUCAACAUGAUAAAAAAAGAGAAAAUGACAUUUCCUUUUUUAAUAAUUCUCAAGAUACAAAAGAUAACAUAUGGUCUAUACAGUAUAAUAAUAAUGUAAAACAAAAUAUUACAAACAAUAAUUUUUUAUCUUCAAAUUAUUCUAAUCUUGAAAAUUAUAAUAAGAGUUACAACAUAUUAAAUCUAUCCAAAAAUGAGCUUAAUAAUAAUGUAACACGUACAAAAUGUAAAAUCAAAGACAUAGGAAAUGUACACGGUAAGAAUAACAAUUUCUUAGAUUUUUUUAAUAAAGAUGAGGAAAAUAAUAAUAGUGAUAAUAACAAAAACGAUAUUAAUAUGCAUGAUCUUCAUAAAUAUAUACAGCAUAAUAAUCCUUCUUCUCCUCAUUACUUUAUAUCCUCUAGAAAUAGGGAUAAAGAACCUCAAGACAAAACACAUAUACAUUAUUUAAAUAACAAAAAAAAUGAGAAAAUAAACGAGCACAUAGAUAUCUGUGAUCAUACAAAUUCAAAAUACAAUCCAUUAAAUAGUAAAGAAAAUAAUUCUAUGAAAAAGGAAAUAAAAAAAAAUCGUGUAGAAUAUAAAGAUAACUUCUCAACGUCUAGUAAAAAAUGUUAUGAAGCUAAUUACAUAAACAAAAAUUUUUCCUUCUCUCCAGAAUAUUUUGAACAAACAAACGAAUGUAUAAAUGAAAAUUCAAAACAAAAUAAUAAUAUGAAUAAAGAAAACAUCCAAUUAUUCCAAGACGAUAACAAAAAAGAAAAAAAUUAUGAGGAAUAUAAUAAAAUUAAUGAACAGUUAGAUAAUCCAAUAUAUAAAACAAAAGAAAAAAAUCGCAAUAAUAUUAAUAAAAAUAAAAAUAAUAAUAAUAAUAAUUUAAGUUAUAUGUAUGGACAAACUAAUAUAAAUAAUAAGAAAAAUAUAAUUUUGAAGGAUGGAACUAUAGACGAUGUAAAAAAAUUUAAUGAUGAUACUUAUAAUAAUAGAAAAAAAACUUGUAAUUUGAUUAAAUCUAAUAUUUACAAAAUGUAA